AUGCACCAGGACACGCCCGACUACAUCCGCCGGGGCGCCGCCGCCCGGGUCCGGAUCGCGCCGCUCGAGCUCUUCUCAGCGCCAGAGCCGUCUCCCGCCAAAGCCGCCGCCGCCGCCACCGCCACCUCCGUGUUGGGAGCUGCCGCGCCGGAGGCCGGUGCGCAGGAGGAGGAGGCCACGGGUUGUCAGGACGGGGGUGACGGUGACUGCUGCGGCCAGCUGCGGCAGGAGUACCGCUCGCUGCUCAGGGAGAAGGGGGAGUGCAGGAGGCUGCUGGAGGAUCUGAUCAGGGAGAACGAGGUCAAGAGCAAGGAGUGCCACGAGGCGCAGACCUCCCUGCGCGAGCUGCAGAUGGAGCUCAUGCGCAAGUCCAUGCACGUCGGCUCUCUCGCAUUUGCAGUGGAAGGGCAAGUGAAAGAGAAGAGUCGCUGGUGCCAACUACUGAAAGACCUGAGCGAGAAAUUUAAGGUGAAUCUUAGACGUGAGAUUGAGAGCGUGAAUAAACUUACGCUUUAUUUCCACGAUCUGCAGGCCUUAAAGUCGGAGCACCAGGUUUUACAACAAGAAUCGGAGGAAUACAAAAGGUGCUUGUCGGAUGCUACACAGAUGACUACAACGAUUCAUCAAUACGUGAAUCAAUAUGCGAGUUUAGAAUGCGAAUUUAAGGACCUCAAAGAGAAGUUCAGCGAGGAGGCAAAGGAACGCAGGGAUCUUUACAACAAGCUUAUUGAGAUCAAAGGUAACAUUAGAGUGUUUUGCCGCUGCCGGCCGCUGAACACGGAAGAAAUAGCAGAAGGAGCUUCAAUGGCGAUUGACUUUGAAACUGCAAAAGAUGGAGAGCUCGUUGUCAGAGGUCAUGUAUCUUCGAAGAAAGUUUUUAAGUUUGAUUCGGUCUUCAACCCUGAAGAAGACCAAGAGAAAGUGUUUGAGAAAACUGCCCCAUUUGCGACUUCUGUGUUGGAUGGAUACAAUGUUUGUAUCUUUGCUUACGGACAAACCGGCACUGGGAAAACAUUUACAAUGGAAGGAACUGACGGUGCUCGAGGGGUUAACUACAGGAUUCUAGAGGAGCUCUUCCGAGUCAUCAAGGACAGACAUGACCUUUUCCAAUACGAAAUUACUGUCAGCGCCUUGGAGGUUUACAAUGAACAGAUCCGUGAUUUGCUCCUGACAGGGUCUCAACCAGGUGCAACAACAAAAAGGUUAGAAGUAAGACAAGUUGCGGAAGGAGUUCACCAUGUACCUGGACUGGUUGAAGCACGAGUAGCCAACAUGGAUGAGGCCUGGGACGUCCUAAAAACUGGAAGCAAAGCCAGAGUUGUUGGUUCUACAAAUGCUAACGAACACAGCAGCCGAUCACACUGCAUACAUUGUGUUAUGGUCAAAGGAGAAAACUUGAUGAAUGGAGAUCGCACAAACAGUAAACUAUGGCUAAUUGACCUAGCCGGAAGUGAGCGUGUGGCAAAGACAGAUGCUCAGGGUGAUCGGCUGAAGGAAGCACAAAAUAUUAACAAGUCCCUUUCUGCACUUGGGGAUGUCAUAUCUGCUCUUGCAACUAAGAGCCAGCAUAUACCCUUCAGGAAUUCAAAGUUAACGCAUUUGCUGCAAGACUCACUAAGUACGCAUUUAUCUUCUUCUGUGCUGGCCAUUGCAGGUGGAGACUCCAAAACUUUGAUGUUUGUUCAAAUUAGCCCAAAUGAGAAUGACGUGGGUGAAACUCUUUGCUCGCUGAAUUUUGCGAGCAGAGUGAGGGGGAUAGAGCUUGGACAGGCAAGGAAACAAGUUGAUGUUGGAGAACUGUCAAGAUAUAAGCUUAUGGUUGGGAGAGCCAAACAGGAUUGCAAGAACAAAGAUACUCAGAUAAAGAGCAUGGAAGAGACAAUCCAAUCCCUUGAAGCGAAGAACAAGGCCAAAGACCUGCUCACUAUGAAUCUCCAAGACAAGGUACUUCGAGCUGACUUGCAUAUAACUUGCACGCUUAGUGUUAUGCAUGAAGAAUCAACAUGUUUAACAUUGCUCAUCUUUUUCCAGAUCAAAGAGUUGGAAUCACAGCUGCUGGUUGAAAGAAAGAUCGCAAGGCAGCACGUUGACAACAAGAUCGCCCAAGAUGUCGAGAGAAAGCAGCAGCAAAUCCUGAAGGAAGAGAAUUCAUCCUUCCUGAGAAGCCCCAUGUCGGAGAGGAACCUCAACUCCACCGCAGACAGACCAGCAGCCAAAAAUUUCGGGAUCGCAAAGCAAAUGCUUUCGGACAGCAACAGUGAGGCCUACAGCUUCAACCAGCUGAUGUCUCUUGCGGAGGAGAAGGAGAACAACCCUGAAGCUGCCCAGCUGCGCCUGAGCGCAAAGGCUAGGCGAGUGUCAUUGUGCAAUGGAGCCUACCAGCAACCAGCGAACUCGGCUUCCCGUCGCAACUCGCUGAUACCGCUUCCCCGCCGCAAUUCGCUGAUGCCUCUGCCCAUAGCUGGCAAGCCUGCUGGAGCAGCAGCAGCUUCACCCCUUGACAAGAUCAAGGAGUACUCUUCACCACCGCUGCCAUGCUCCCCUCCUGUGAUGUCCAACGACAAAGGCAGCAGGAGCAAGAGGAUCAACAGCAUCCUGCGGCGCAGCCUGCAGAAGAAAGUGGUCAUCAGGCCACCAAUGACAGGGCAAGCAGGAAGGAGGGGGACUGGUGCCGCUACCCAGGGCGUCGACUGUGCUCGCAGGACAGCGGCACGGCGCGUGCCAUUGAGCGGUGGCCCUGCCGCGGCAGGUGCACCGAGGGCUGGGCAUCAGAACAGGGACAAGGAGAGAGGGUGGAACACCGGGACAAGCUUCAGGAACUUCUGAUGAUGAGGAGUCAGCUCUGAAGAGAUAAUGUAGAUUGGGUAGGGAAAGGUUAGAUGUUUAUAGUUCGAGUUUGGCGUUCUCGCCUAUUGUGAGAGAACAGCUCUGCAUUUCUUUUUUAUAUAGGUUUGGAGAUUGAUUGAUCUGGCUAUCAGAUACGUCAUCUGUGUCUGCUCUGCAUUUCUUUUUUAUAUAGGUUUGGAGAUUGAUUG